UACAGAAGUUGAAAGCAUGCUCACACACCAAGAUGGGUAAUAGCAUAACGCACGCGUACCAAACUUCUACCACCACAAGAAGCCAUAACUCACGGUACCGCCAACAAGAGCAUGUAGCGGACUUUAAAUCGAAAACCCUGCCAGCACGGCAUACGCGCAGCUCAACAUCAACGCACUACGAUGUAAAUUUCCAUCCAGAUAAUCAGACCACACAAAAGAGUAGCACACAAGGCACACCAAAUGGUGAAACAUCCCGAAUGCUGUUUCUUCUAUACUUAAUACACCGCACCUGGAAUGUAGUUGUGGAUAGUGUGGAUACGCGCAGCAAGAGGUCUCGUAAAUCCAGUAGUGUGCAAUCGGAAUUGAGUACUCCACCGGCAGCAACAGCCGCUACGGCAUAUUUUGAGCAGGAAAACAAAAGCGGUGCUCCUACCAUUACAGAUUUGGAUGAUGAUAUCGAGGCUGCAUCGUCGCUCUGCUGUUCACAGUAUUCGUUUUGCAGCUGCAGUUAUUGCUACGACACAACACAAAACGUGUAUAAUUCGAUUGCAGACGAUUGUUCCAUCGACUCAAUUGAUGCACAUACCAUAUCCAGAUGCGAAAGGAUUUAUGCUAUAUAA